AGAAGUCGAGAAAGGUGCCGAUUUGUCAAUGGAUGUUUCUAAGAAGGAGAAAUAUGAAUAUGUGGAUGAUGAUGAAGAUGAUGACGAUGAAUGGCGUAAAAUCGACUUCCUCCUCAACUACAUAAAUCCCCAUGCUUUCGAUUCUCUUUAUACGAAGGACGGCACCCGUUUAUUGGCUGAAAAGAUAUCUGAAAAUAUGUCGGAGCUUAAGGAGUUGGGCCAGUUGGCAUUGGAGAUAAGAGGACUACUCAACGUCGAUUUACUUCAUACUGUCAAUGGGCAAACUUUGGAUGCCAAAGCCAAGCAGAUUUUAAAAAGACGGGACUUUUUGGAGGCCACCGAAGAGGCCCUUUAUUAUUCGUCUGGACUCUUGGCGGGUCAUCUCGAAGACUAUUGCAAAACAAAAGAUGUUGAAGAUCGAAUGCCUGGGAUCAAGAAAGAUCCGUGUUUCGAGCCCUUCUUAGCAUGGACGGAACUCACAUGUGUACCAUUACCUGAAUCGUGCUAAUUAUAUGAUUUAUUCCAUAUUAAUCUAGAAACUAAAUAAAUAUUGGCGUGAGUAAUUAUUUUUCUAAUAAUAAUAAAAAUGAAAUACAUAUCUCUAUUCUCCUAUUUGAUUAAAAUUUGUGUACAGACUCUUAGAGUAUUUUACUAGCAAUUAAUAUAAUGAAAUACCUG